UCCAAGUCAAAGACCAGAAAGCAUGGGGCUGAGCAGGGCCGCGCUGGCCCUGGGGCCUGCGGGCCAGCUCCUCCUGCUCCUGUGUGUCCAGGCCCUGGCUGCGCAGGCGGCCGACACCUGCCCAGAGGUGAAGCUGCUGGGGCUGGAGGGUGCCGACAAGCUCACCAUCCUGCGAGGCUGCCCGGGGCUGCCCGGCGCCGCGGGGCCCAAGGGAGAGGCAGGCGCCGCUGGAGGGAGAGGAGAACGGGGUUCCCCUGGAGCACCUGGGAAGGCGGGGCCGCCAGGGCCCAAAGGUGACCGCGGAGAGAUGGGGGCACCCGGAGAGAAGGGUGCACGUGGAGAGAAGGGUGCACGAGGAGAGAAAGGAGACUCCAUACAGUCCGAGACCUGCGCCACAGGCCCUCGCAACUGCAAGGAGCUGCUCACCAGGGGGCACUUCCUGAGCGGCUGGCACACCAUCUACCUGCCCGACUGCCGGCCCCUGACCGUGCUGUGCGACAUGGACACGGACGGCGGGGGCUGGACCGUGUUCCAGCGGAGGAGCGACGGCUCCGUGGACUUCUAUCGCGACUGGGCCGCGUACAAGCAGGGCUUCGGCAGCCAGCUGGGCGAGUUCUGGCUGGGCAACGACAACAUCCACGCCCUGACCGCCCAGGGAACCAGCGAGCUCCGCGUCGACCUCGUGGACUUCCAGGGCAACUACCAGUUCGCCAAGUACCAGUCGUUCAGGAUGGGGGGCGAGGCCGAGAAGUACAAGCUGGAGCUGGGCGCCUUCGCGGGGGGCAACGCGGGUGACUCCCUGACGGGCCACAACAACCAGGCCUUCUCCACCAAGGACCAAAACAAUGACCAAAACCCCUCGAGCUGUGCGGAGCAGUACCACGGGGCCUGGUGGUACAACCACUGUCACGUGUCGAACCUCAACGGUCGCUACCUUGGGGGCGAGCACGAUAGCUACGCAAAUGGCAUCAACUGGAAAACGGGAAAAGGAUACAAUUACAGCUACAAGGUGUCGGAGAUGAAGGUGCGGCGGGCCUAGGGCGUUGGAGCUCCCGGAGCGUCUCCCCCAGGUCCUGCGCCCUACAAGGAAGUGCAUACGCAGCCUCGUGUCGCCCUCUUCAGAGAAAUGAAGGACUUUAUCCUGCUCCCCGCCCCUCCUCAGGGACCCUCAGCCUUGCACCCCUGACCUACUGCCAGCCCUUUCCCUCCUGCCUGCCAGGACAGAGUGACCAGUACCCCGUCCCCCAUGCCGCCCACGGCACACGUUCUCAAUAAAGGCAUC